CUUCCUUUCUUUUGUUUGACGGUCGUUCACUCCGCUCCACUCGCUCUCGAGUCUCGUUGAUUUGGCCGAUGUUUGGCCUAGUUGCUAAGUUUAUUAGAUUUUAGUUUCAAUUUUCGUAAAUGUAGUGAUAAUUCUUUGUUUUAACAACACAGUGACAUUAUUAUGUGAUACUUAAAAUGCCUGGUAUAAGGAAAUAUCGACGCGAUACCAGCGAAGUCAGCUGUUGUUUGAAAUAUGUUAUUUUUGGUGUAAAUGUUUUGUUCUGGUUUCUGGGGCUGAUUGUGCUAGCGAUUGGAAUCUGGGCAUGGACUGAAAAGGAUACAUUCAACAAUUUGUCGAGGCUCACAAACAUUGCAUUGGAUCCAGCAUUUAUAUUAAUAUGUGUGGGGACAAUUACGUUUAUAAUCGGGUUCACGGGCUGCGUGGGCGCACUCCGUGAGAACACGUGCCUCCUAGCAUGCUAUGCUGUUUUCCUUGCCCUACUGUUGUUGGCGGAAAUGACGACGGGAAUUCUCUUUUUCGUCUUCAAAGAUUGGAUAAAGCAACAAGCAACAACUGGCUUCCAAACAUUCAUCACACAUUACAGAGAAGAUCCCGAUCAACAGAACCUUAUUGAUUGGAUACAAGAAGACUGGUUACAAUGUUGUGGCGUCGAAGGUCCCCGCGACUGGGACCGUAACGCGUACUUCAACUGCUCGAGCGGCGCCGUCGGCUCGCGCGAGGCUUGCGGCGUUCCCUUCAGCUGCUGCAGGAACAAGCCUCAGGAUAUCAUCAGGAACAAACAGUGCGGAUACGAUGUUAGGAAACCUACUUAUAAUUAUGAUAGAACAAAGAUAAUAUAUGACAAGGGCUGUUUAGAGGCCGCCGAGGAGUGGUUCGACCACAACUUGUUGAUAGUUGCCACGUCCGCUGUUUGUACCGCUUUUGCACAAAUCCUAGGCAUCUGCUUCGCGCAGAAUCUGCGCGCGGACAUCUUCGCGCAGAAGGCGAAGUGGCACUGACAAUCAGCGUCUCCUGCCGCCGUGUGACGCACUCGUCCGCGACGCCGCCCACAGCACGUCUACGCCAUAGCACACUAACACACACACUAAGGUUUGUUUUAUAGAUUAAAUGACUUUUUAGCGCAAUGGAAAGAGUAAUAAUUUGUUGUUUUGACUGGUGGAGAUACAAACAUGACGCAAGUACAGCCGACCACGAAAAUAGAUUUUCAGAUUGGAUAAAGAUUUUUAUUAGGUCUGAUUGCUCUAGUUUACUUUAGCAAGCACGAAGCGAAAGAGGAAAUCAAUCCAUAAGUUGAUAUGGCACAGAAUUUGAAAUGAUCACAUUUAGGUUUCAUUCAAUUCGUGGAGCUUGCGUUGUCUAUGUACUCUAUUGUCUUGUCCAUGACAAUAUAAAGUUUAUAUUGACACAAUUUUUACAAUCAAUCAAACUUAAAAUAAGGAUUGUGUAUCCUCAUUGUCGGUUGAAAACAUCCGUUCCACAUCUUUUCCAUUGUUGCUAAAAAGUAAAUAUUUGAUUGUUCCGCACAUGUCUAUGUAAAAUAAUUAACGGAAAUGUAACACGUGCAUUUAUUUGCAUAAUAGUUUAAUGUUUGUCGUGCAGAUUAUUUAUAUACACCACAAGUGCUCAUCUUACUGUCCCUAGGCUUUCUGAGGAUAACUUUUCAAAUCUAUUGUAACACAGAGAAGUGAGUCAAUGGAGGUCUAAUGUAUGUACACAAAUAUCUAUCAAAAGACGCGAAUGAAUCUUUGUACAGACUUCAUCGGACGCAAUUUUUCCACCAUAUCGUCUAGCUUUACCGCCUAAAUAACUGGAAUGUAGAGGUAUACAUUUUAUAUAAAAAAAACUGCAGAUUUUCAGCCUUUUUGAAUAGAUGAAACUUUUAUCUCCUCCAUUUACUUAUUUCUCUGUGUUUUUCCUCUGGCAUCCUGUCAUCUUCUCCCCAUCAUUCUUGGAUACUCUUGAAUCUCUGUCUGUAAAUAACAUUAUGAAAUGUUGAUACUUGUUGAUAGAAUUAUCCAAUGCGUAUGUCCUUGUAAAGUGGGGUUGGUUGCGUUAUGUGGCAGCUGUUCACAGUAAUAUUAAAUUUUUGGAAUUUUAUUUCACCGUGUAUCCUUAUAGAUACGUAUGUAUAUUGUUUGUAUAUACGUAUAUAAUAUAAAGAAGCCAUCUACGUUGCAAUUAUUAUUUUUCAUUGCAGUAAUUCAUUAUAAGUACAUUGUGAACUGUUCAAAAUAAUCAUUUAUGUUUUAUAUAUUAGUACUAACGAUAUUUUAUAAAUUGAAGCCAACCCCACUCAAAAGCGAUGUGUUCAAUUUGGCCAAUUAGCCUUAACGGGAGCUGUGAGAUGAAUUUAGUAUUGGAAUAUAAGUAUUAGAAGGUAAACAAGUUUGUUCAUGAAAAAAUGCUAUUUAAUUGUUAUAUUCAUUACAGAUAUUAAGGGUUGUUGCCAACGUGACCAUUUGACUAAAUCCAUCCAAUUUUCACUAAAAUCUUGAAUCGUUGGAAAUAUAUAUGACCCUCCAUGGUCACUUUUUAUUUUUUUAAUGGUGCUGACAAGAGUGGCAACCCUGUUGUGUUGACAGCUCGUUGCUACAGUUGUGAUGUGUGCUUGACCGUUGUAGGCGCUGCAGUUAGGGUCGUGUGUAAUGCAGCAGGAGAAUAAUGGCUGACAAUAUGUUUAGGCGGGAAAUUUUGACAGGCGGUGAAAGGUGACGUAACGUUUAUUUUUUUUGUAUGUCCCUGUAAAAUUCGAAUUAUUUGAUGAUGAUUUUAUGUAAGAAGAUGUAUUUUCAAUGUUGUAUUUAUAAAUUAAUUACAGUAUUGUCUCCUAUAUGUAUCUCUCUCUCUUAAGUAAUUUUCGUCUACCUACCACCGCCUGCCAAAGCUUUGCCUAAAUUGUAACGUGUUAAGAUAAAGUAUUUUAUUAUAAACUCAAAUUAGUGAUAAGUAAUACUCAUUUAGAAAACAAAAUUAUUAUUAUACAUUAAAAAAAAUGAUUUACUUAAUCAUUAUCCAAAAGUAUUGCAUUGUAAAAGUAUUUAAAUCGCUUUGGUAUUGUUGAGAACCUCUUUUGAGGUUUUAUGCACAAAUUAUAAUUAGACGUGUAUUACAAAAGUCUAUGUUUAUGGUUCUUGUUUUGUAGCUUAGGAUUUAAGCUGGUUUUAUAGAUGUUUAAGUAAGUGUUCCUCAUUACGCCGAUAUAUAAUCUCAAACCGAAUCAUCAUUCCUUAAUUUACACGUUAAUGUGUUAUGUGCCUAUAACUAAAUAGAAAUAUGUCUCGAAUCGUUUAUAAAAUGUAUAUUUAUAAGCCAUAAAUCACUGCCUUAUUGACUGCGACAAAUUAUUUGAUUGUAAUAAAAUGUUAUUAAUUUAGACGUGGUUUUCUGGUGCAUUUUACUAACCGCUUAAAAGUAUUUAACUCCAUAGAUUAAGAUCUGAUAAGUUUAUUCGAAUCUGUAAUCAUUUAUUUUAAUUCUUGGUUAAGUAUUACAUUCAUAAGUUUCUAAGUUUUUAUCCAAUUUUAUACUUUAUCCUAAGUUGCCACAAUUCUAUUAAGAUUGUUUAUGCUUUUACAGUAUAGAAAACUAGUCUUUGAUAAAAUAUACAUACUCGAACUUUUUUAAAUAUUUUGUUCGAAAUGACAUUUCAGAAAAGUAUUUUGUUUACUAUCACAAGUUGAAGACGAUAUUGUAUUAUUUUUAUUUUUGAAAUUAUAUUUUUAUUUUGUAAUUACAAUGUAAAGUAUUGAGUCUGGUAUUCUUUUAUGAUACCAGGUAAAAAAUGUCCUUGUAUUUAUAUUGUAAGUAGUUGUAGUAUUUAUGUAAUAUUCAAAUGACUUAAAAAUUAAAUCGAUAUUUUGUAUGGAAAUAUAAGUAUGUACAAAAA